AUGUCAGCUACAAAGUACCUGCACCCCUUCCUUCGUGGACUGAAACCCUUGCCCGAGGGCCACGAGGAUGAGAUUCAGCAGAUAAGGGAAUGGAUGAAAAGUCAGCCGCAUCUGCCCCAUAUUUCUGAUGAGUACGUGAUCCUGUUCCUGCACUCCAACUACUACAAGGUUAAAGAGACUAAAGACACCAUAGAAUGCUACUUCACCUUGAGAGCAAACACACCAGACUUGUUCACCAACCGCGACCCCUUCGGGCCGAAGAACAAAGCUAUUUUGGACAUCACGCACAUGGUGGGCCUUCCAAACAAAACUGCAGAAGGUUACAAUGUCCUGCUGUACCGGCUGGCAGAGUUUGACUAUAGUAAGCUGAACUUCGCUGAUGCCGUCCGUGUGUUCUGCAUGUUUAACGAUGUCAAGCUGUCAGAAGACAGGUUGUCUGAAGGCUACAUCGUCAUCUUCGAUAUGAAGGGCUGCAGCCUCGGUCACCUGACUAGGGUGACGCUUCCUGCGCUGAGAGCCUUUAUGCAUUAUAUUCAGAACGCCCACCCUUGCCGUCUAAAGAAGAUCCACGUGGUCCACACAGUCUCCUUCAUCAACCAAGUCAUGUGCCUUGUAAAACCGCUCAUCCAUUCCAAUCUCCUCAACCUGCUGAACUUCUCCUCCGAAGGACCAGAGUCUGUAGUAGAUAAAGAACUCCUGCCCGAAGACUUUGGAGGACCUUUGCCGCCAGUGAAGCAGCUACAUGAAGAACAGAGGAAAAAUAUGGAGGAGAAUUAUAGAGAGUGGCUGACUGAGACUGAGAUCUUCAAGGCUGAUGAGAAGAAGAGGAUUAAGAAGCCUAGUAAAGGUAUGUUCGCCAGCUUCACCAGUAGUUUCAAAAGCUUGGACAUUGACUGA